CUGAUGUUAAAUUUAGUUUAAAGUUUAGAGAAUCACGCCAGAAUCGACGCCAUUGCUAAUUGGAUUGGAAACUUAAUUCAGCCUGUCCUUUUCAUUUCAUUAAGUAUGAUAAGGACAGACUGUUGUCAAGUUUACAAAUGGCAAAUACGAAUAGCCAUGUGAUGUGAGUUUGACACCGUGUCUGACUUUUUUCAAAAGCAUGGAUUUUGUUUGAUUGUGGUGCCAGUUCUAUAAAAUAAACAAGGUGCUCGUACAAAUUAACUAACAAAAAUGAGUUUAUACCUCAGAUCCCGAUUACUUUGGCCUAAUAUUAUUAACAACUUUACAUGCCGUUAUUCCACUACUGCACCUGAUGUUAUUGAUCAAAAUGAUCAAGUUUUGGUAGACGAUAGUGACGAAACCUUAGCAAGAGAAGCGGAGAUCCAAAAAAAACGAAAUGUGUCUAGGUUAUCAAAUGCUCAUUUUAAUCUAAUAAAUGGACGUCGACCAUACGAAACACCCAAGCAUUUAAGUCAUUUGACCGUCAAGUAUAACAGAAAACUUUACGGAAAAUAUGGCAGUGAAAGUGGAGUCAAUCCAAGUUUAUGCUGGCCUACAAAGCAAAAUAUCCAAGAAACUCUAGAGUAUGAAUCCAUUGCAUUUCCCUACACUAUCAGGGAGGCCAUGGACGCAGCAGCACAAAAAAGACUAGAAGAAAAAAAUAAGAUCGAACAGCGAGAAAUUGAAAUUGCGACUAAGUUUGCCAAAUUGGCCCAGUGGAAGAAAGAACUAAAUGACAAAAUAGCAAAGAAAGCUGCUGAAGUAGAAUUAGCUAAGAAUAAAAAGGAGAGACUAGUUGAAGAAGUUAGAAGACAUUUUGGAUUCACAUUAGAUCCUCGUGAUGAAAGGUUCCAAGAAAUGCUAGCGAAGCGAGAGAAGGAACAGAAGAAGCUUGAGAAACUAGCCAAGAGAGAAGCCAAAGAAAAAAUGAUGAUUGCAAAGCUGCAACAGAAAAAUGUGGAAAUGAAAUAGUACCUAGAUCAGUUUAUUAAUUAUGUACUUCAGUUAUGUUUAGAUUAAAAUUUGAUAUCAAAAUUAUAUUUCCACUUUAUAUAACCCCUAUUGCAACUUGCUGCUUGGCCAUCUUGACCUAAACCACAGCCAAAUAUUGCU